CUGACCAACAACGCCUUGAAGUCAGGACUUUCCCCUGCCCACACAGUUGUAAACAAUAAGACUUCGGGCAAGCCGUGUCUUGAUGGAGAGGCAUGCCACCACUUCCAACAGCACCGGUCCCAUCAUGGAAUCCAAGAAUUGUUUGCUACUUUCAAACCUAUCAUCACAACGGCGAAUACGUGUCAUUACUUCCCCUGAUCACCAAUCCUUCUGGAGUGACACACGUUAUUCUUGCAGCUAUUCACGUCAAUUGGGAUCCAGAGAAGCUCACGUUGAACGAUGAUCCCCCAGACCACGAAAAGUACACUCAAUUGUGGGACGAAAUCGUGGUGCUACAGGAUUCGGGCAUCAAAGUCUUGGGUAUGCUCGGUGGGGCUGCACGGGGGAGUUUCGCCCGGCUCGACUACAGUGAGUCCAGAACCGAUGUACCUCUAGCACGCUUUGAGACAUACUACGCACCAUUGCGAGAUAUGAUACGAAAGUACGGCUUGGAUGGACUGGACUUGGACAUUGAAGAGGAAAUGUCCCUGCCGGGAGUCAUUCAUCUGAUUGAUCGGCUCAAGAGUGACUUCGGGCGACAUUUCAUAAUAACACUCGCACCAGUCGCAACAGCUCUGAUGGCUGGACGACCACAUUUGUCAGGCUUUGACCACAAGCUGCUCGAGGCUGCAAGAGGAAGCAGUAUCUCGUGGUAUAAUGCGCAGUUUUACAACGGCUGGGGCGGAAUGCAUACAACAGACGCUUACGACGAGAUCGUGCGCAAUGGCUGGCCUCCCGAGAAAGUGGUCGCAGGGAUGUUGACCAACCCUAGGCACGGUGGGAGUGGCUAUGUGCCAUUGGAAUUGUCGGCCGCAGUGCUCAGCUUGCUGGUCGAGCGCUAUCCAACCUUUGGGGGGGUCAUGGGGUGGGAGUAUUGGCUGUCUCUGCCACAGGAGCAGCAUUGCUGGAUGUGGGCAUAUUCCAUGGCCUUGUGUAUGGGAAUGAAGAAGGUCAGAGAUGCCGCCAUAAUUGUGUCCAUGCGCAGAAACAUGGCAUCAAUGAACCUGGGCCGAUGACCGGGAAAGGCCUGCAUGGCAGACUGGCAAGGUGGUUACCGCCUCAGUCCGUGUUUACUAGAAGGAGAAUUGCUGUAGUCUGACAAAAGCGUCCUCUGGAAUCGCUACGUGAAACCUAGAUCUUCACCCC